CACAGCAGGAAGCCCAGAGCUCAAGGUCAAGUUCAGUCCGGGCUCCGCCCCCAGCCUGGGUCAAAUCCAGUUAGUCUUGGGGCGAUCAGCCCGGUGACCUGAUCCCCACCCUGGUCGAGCAGCAGAUCCACGGGUCCCUGGUCCCUGUUGACCCCCAAGCUUCUCCCGGUGCCGCCGCGGAGCCCCGCAACGCGCAGGUAGCACAGCCAGCGGCCUUGGCUGCCUGCUUCUGCCCGCGUGGGUGCCUACGAAGCCUUAAGUCUCCGCGUAACUACCAGGCCCACGUGACUCUCGGCGGCCGCGACUCGGGUGCGCGCGCGCACGCGGGAGUCGGAUGGCUGCAGAGCGCAGAACCGUGCUAGCCCGGCGGUCACGUUUCUGAAGGAAAGGAUCGGGCUGACACGGGUUCGGAUCCUUCCUGCAGCACGUUUACAGUCAGUUAAAACAGGGUGGCCACUGUGGGUGUGGAUGUGUGUGACAGCAUGAAGAACCGAAUUCCUGUGGUGCUUCUGGCCUGUGGUUCUUUCAACCCCAUCACGAAUAUGCACCUGCGCUUGUUUGAGGUAGCCAGAGACCACCUACACCAAACAGGGAUGUACCAGGUGAUUGAGGGCAUCAUCUCACCCGUCAAUGACAGCUACGGGAAGAAAGACCUGGUGGCUUCCCAUCACCGAGUAGCCAUGGCCCGGCUGGCCCUCCAGACGUCUGACUGGAUUCGGGUGGACCCCUGGGAGAGUGAGCAGGCACAGUGGAUGGAAACGGUGAAGGUGCUGAGGCACCACCACAGGGAGCUGCUCAGAUCCUCAGCCCAGAUGGAUGACCCAGACCCCAGCAAAACACCAUCAGCCUCUGCAGGACUGCCGGAGCUGAAACUCCUCUGCGGAGCUGAUGUCCUCAAGACCUUCCAGACCCCCAACCUCUGGAAGGACUCGCACAUCCAGGAGAUAGUGGAGAAGUUUGGCUUGGUGUGUGUGAGCAGGAGCGGUCAUGAUCCGAAAAGGUACAUCUUGGACUCGCCCAUCCUUCAACAGUUCCAGCACAACAUUCACCUGGCCAGGGAACCUGUUCUGAAUGAGAUCAGUGCCACGUAUGUCAGGAAAGCCUUGAGCCAAGGGCAGAGCGUGAAGUACCUCCUCCCUGAGGCUGUCAUCACCUACAUCAGGGACCAGGGCCUCUACAUCAAUGACAAUUCCUGGAAAGAAAAAGGAAAGACUGGCUAGAGAGUCUCCUGGAAGUUGGGAGUUAUUUUGCUCUGGGUUCUGUGUUUGUUUCCACAGUGGUUUUUACCAUGGGUGACUUCCUGCUCCAGGAAGAGAUUGUGCCUGUGGCAGAGACAGCCAUGUUGUCAGAGUAACUUAAAUGGCAUAACAGAUCAUAGAAUUAGACAAAACCUCUCAGGUCACUAAGAAGGAGACCUGCUUACUGAGCAAAUGGCAAUCAUGGGGGGUGGGGGGUGGGCACUGAUGCUGUUCUAAGCAUGGCCGGCCCCUGAACGGUCCAUCACAGUCACCCUCAUUCAGGUUUUUUAACUCAGGCCGGGUGCAGCAUGCUGGACUUGAUAGGCAGGAUUUGACAGGGUGCUAAUUACUGCACAGAGGGUCUUUUCAACAUCCUUGUUUCAAACAGAAUAAUAGCAAAUAAGAAUUCAGAAAUCUGCAAACAGCACAUCAUUGAUUUCCGGUGUAUCCUCCCUUGUAAACCAUGGCCUGCUUGCCUGCCUGCCUGUGGUGUAACAUAAAAUUUUUGACCACCCUCUUUCUAUGUUGUGGUGAAGCAAUAUGUGUUUAAGAUCUAUUUUAUUAUAUGUAUGUAUGUGUGUAUGUGUGUGUGUACGCACAUGGGAGGGACAUCAGAGUGCCUGAAGCCCCAGUUACUGGCAGUUGUGAGCCACCUGAUGUGGGUGCUGGGACCCACACUCCAGUCUUAUGGAAGAGCAGCAAAUGCUCUUAACCACUGAGCCGGCUCUCCAGCCCCCUCAAGUGAUAUUUUUGAUACAGCGUGUAUUUUUACACUGCUAUCCUCUAAACACCAGGGUUCCCAAUAUUCUGAUUUCUAAAAAGGAACUGAAGUAAAACAGAUGCCCGACUGUUUUAGAAGAUCUUUUGAAUGUUUUAUGACUGCCUGCUUGUUUGAAUAUUGGCAAAAGGAUAAAUAAUAAAUUGACAUCAAAAAACACUAA